AUGAUUUCUACAAUAUUGCAUCAGCGUACACGUUUUGUGAAUUCUUCACUAAAUACUUCACUUUUUAAAUGCAAAUUCCAUCUUACUGCAUCCAUUCUAACUUUAAAGCAGCUUGACAUUAUACCUGUUCGUUGUCGCAUUACCAAUUCUCUGUUAAAUAAACGCAAUCAUUCAUAUAAAGCCUUAAACUAUUUUAAUAAACUUUCUUUAGAUGGUAAACGUCGAUAUCAAACUAAUAGUUUAAAUCUCAGAAAAGUGCAACGUUCGAAAGAUAUAAUCGAACGAAAAAAAGUUAAAGAAUGGGGUGAUUUAUCAACCAGACAAAAAGUUGCAAAAGCUGCCAAGACAACGACAAAUAUUAGUGUAAUUGUGAUAGGAGUUGGUGUUCUUGGCAUAAUAUUAUAUUACAUUGUAUCGGAACUAUUUGGUCCAAAAAGUUCUACCAAAGUGUUUAAUGAAUCAUUGGAAAAAAUUAGAAACAAUCAGGAAUGCCAGAAGUUUUUAGGCACGCCAAUAAAAGGACAUGGGAUUCCAGUUCCAAAUUCAAGAUUACGUAAUCCUAGAGCCCGUCUUCGAGACGUGAUAAACACGGAUGGUACACCACAUCGAAUAAUGCAGUUUUAUGUAGAAGGCCCUUUGACUAAUGGAAAUGCAUUACUGGAUAUGAUUAAGGAUAAUCAAGGAAAUUGGGUUAUAAAAUAUUUAGUGGUCACCGUACAUGGGUAUGGUAAACGCAUCUAUAUUGAAUACAACGAUGAUGUGAAUGAUAAAGAAAAAUGA